AUGGAAAAAGAACCUAUAGUGGUGACCAGAAUGACAAGUAUCAUGACAUACAAGCUGAGGUUGAUGAACAAGCGGCUAAGGGUGCGGUUGGUGGGCAUGAUGGAAGUGUGCCAAUAUCCGGUCAAGUCAGCUGCUAUGCAUGCUGGAAUUGGUGAAGCAUGUGAUAAUGAUCGAGAUGAUCUAGAAGCAUUGAAGAGUCUACAUGAUCAAGAAGAAUUGAAGAUUCAAGUUGGUGUGCAUGAUGGGUUUGAUGGAGCCGGUGAUAAUUGUCUAUUUCAUCAAGAAGCCUCAAUGAUUCAUACUGAACAUGUUCCUAAUUUAGAUACUUCUUUAGAUGAUGUGGUUGUUGGAAUUGAUAAAAUGGGUAGUUUCUGCAAUUCUGUCUCCAAAACCCCUACUCUAGACGACAUUGAAUUGCCUGCAUAUAGCGAGACCCAGAUUGUUGCGAUUGAAAACAGUUACUAUUCUAACAAUGUCACUCCUGAACAACAGCCAAGACUCAGAAAGACUGGAAAAUACAAAUCAUCUCCGUAUGUUGGUUUUAGUUCAGCUGGCAGCAGCUCGGGUAAAUCACCUAUAUAUUUCAACAUAAAACAUCCUUUUGCAAAUUACAAUGGAUUCGAAGUUGAUGAUGCACUGCUCAAUGAAUUUACAUCUUGGGUAUAUGCUAAAGUCUCUAAACGGAAGAACAGAAUUUCAGCAUACACUUUAAAGGACAACAAGAUUGUCAAUCCUUAUGAUUUGGGAGUUAAGAAAGUUGACAAAAUGGAGUGGUUCUACAAUGUCAUUCAAACUGGGAAAGCGUGGGAAGACUCGCAUGUUGAUGUCAUUAUGUAUUACUUGAGGAAAAAGGCAAAGUAUGGUCCAAAUAACCCAGUGAGAUACACAACAACAGAUUGUUUUUUCAUAAAGUGGGUUGAGGCUAUCCACAAGCAAUACAAGGAAUACAAAAAUGAUAAGCGUUUUAUUACUGCUGAUCAUAAUGUGGCAAAAAUUAUUCGUGGGUUUAAACUGAUUGCAAAUAUUGCUUGGGAUAGAGUUGAUAAUGUGCUCAUCCCAGUCAAUAUAAGCGAAGAAUACCAUUGGGUGUUGGUUGUUUUAUGUAUGAAAAGAAGGUGUCUCUACGUAUAUGAUUCAUUCCCGGGUGGGGCUAUGCAUACUAAUUCAAUUCGAGAAGUUGUUGAAAGGCUGGCCACCAUGAUACCUCUCUUUUUCAAUUGCACUGGAUUUUAUGGGAAAAGGAAUGACAUAAACUGGAUAACUGAACCAGCAUAUGUUGGGAAGAGCUUUGAUGAUCCUUUGGAAUAUGUCUUUGUGGAUCAUUUGCCAGAACAACAUCCAGAGUCUAAUGAUUGUGGGUUAUACAUAUGUGCAUUUGCUGAAUAUAUCAGCCAAGGUGUAUUUGAAAUUUCUGAAGAAGAUUUUGAUGCCGCUCUUCAUCGUCGGAGGUAUGGUGCCCUGCUGUGGGAUUAUGCAAGAAAAAAGCAGGCAGAUGGAGCUAUUAGUGAGAGUGAAGUAACAGGAAAUGUUACCAGCAGAUUGGGUGGUCCAAAAAUUUGCAAGGAACCAGUACCUGAAAGGGAGAAAUUACCGAGAUUGAAACGAAAAGUUUAGAAUUUUUAGAAUUAGUGACUAGUUAUUAGUUUGUUGGUGUAAGAAAGAUGAUUUUUGUUGGUGUUGGCCUAAGUAGUUGACUGUUUUUGUUGGUGAAUUAAGUUUGCUUAAUAUGAUACUUUUAUUAUUCUUACACCUUAUAUCAUUAGU